AUGCAAUACAUCGGCGAUGUCCCUGAUGCAAAAGUCGCCAAUGUGGCCCGACAAUUCGGUGUUCCACGCAAUCGAUUGCGUUACCGCCUCGAAGGCCGUCCUCCUAAGGUAGGCCGACCAGCCACGAACAUGAAGUUAUCGCGCCCAGAAGAGGCAGCAUUAUGUCGCUACAUCGAUCGCCUUGAUAACGUGAACCUUGCGGUGCGCCCUGAGUUCGUCACCGACGCGGCAAAUAAUAUUCUGCGUGAGCGAUCCGGUCAAGCCGAUUUAGUUAUCGGCAGCAAGUGGACCUCUCGUUUUCUAAAGCGUCACGGUUACUUCAAGAAGCUCCAAAAAAAGCUCCACUCGGAGCGUCAGACAUCGGAGGACCUCACAAGAGUCACCCAUUAUUUCCAAAAUCUCCAGCAAGUCAUCCAAGAGAAGGGCAUACCACCUGAAGAUAUCUGGAAUAUGGACGAGACAGGAUUUCGCAUUGGGUUGGCAAGGAUCAGCUGA